AUGCUGAAGUUGAGCUNAAAUGAUAAACUGAUACGAUUUUACACUGGCUUCGAAAACGAUGAAAUGUUUUCAAGUGCACUUGACUUUCUAGGAAGAGAGGCUGCAUCAAUGCUAGACUAUCACAACACUGAAGAUCUAAAGGAUUUGAAAAGUAGGUAUAAAAGCGGACCAAGUGGAGUAUUAUCAAUUGAAAAUGAAUUCUUUAUGGUUUUGUGCAGAUUGAAAGUUGGGUUACUAGAGGAAGACUUAACAACAAGAUUUGGAGUUAGUCAAAGUGUAGUGUCUCAAAUAGUGACAACAUGGAUCAAGUUCAUGUAUUUCAGGUUUAAAGAGUUAGACAUUUUCCCAUCAAAGGACAUUGUGAAAAUACACAUGCCCGAAUGUUUCUUGAAGAAAUAUUCAUCAACUACUCUCCUACUUGAUGCUACUGAGAUAUAUAUUGAGAAGCCUAGUAACCCAGAAGCCCAACAACUGACUUUCUCAUCUUAUAAAAACACUAACACUCUUAAAGCCCUAGUUGGCAUUGUACCCAAAGGAGGGAUUUCAUUUGUUUCAACAUUGUAUGGUGGAAGCAUUUCAGACAAAGAGAUAACUCAAAUGUCAGGAUUAAUAGACAAACUUGAAAGAGGAGAUGUAAUAAUGGCCGAUCGAGGUUUUAACAUACAAGAGAUGUUAGCAUUUAAAGACGUCCGUGUUAACCUUCCUCCCUUCAUGAACCAGUCAGGACAAUUCACAGAAAACAAGCCAUUGGCAACUCGACGUAUUGCCUCUCUUAGAAUCCAUGUGGAAAGGGUAAUAGAGAGAAUAAAAAACUAUCACAUUUUAGAUUUUGUACCUAUAACCUUAUAUAGAAAUGGUGUUAUUGACAUGAUUUUUUUUGUAUGUGCUAUGUUGUCAAAUUAUCUCCCACCAUUAGUGGAUGGAUGA